UAUUGUCAGUGCACCUGGUGCACCGCUUCCGCUACUAACGUCUGCCGGAGGUGUUUUGCUAAGUUAAAUCUGUGUGUGUUUUUUUUCUCUCGCGUUUAUUUGUGUAAUAAGGGAAUAUUUAUUUUUAAGCGUCUUUACUGUUAUCAUGGUGACUUUGUGACUUUGGCCGGUUUAUUAAUUUGCGGAGUGAAUUAUGGUGUAACACGGACACUUUCCCCUCUCUGUUUCCGACAUUAGCAGCAGGUAGCUACAGUAGCUAAGGGGUGAGGGUCAGCGAUGCUGACGCUGGCGAGUAAGCUGAAGAAGGAGGAGGGUAUGCGGGCGACCGGAGCGGGGUCAGGCUCCAACGACGCCCCACACCGAGUGUCCAUCCGAGACAGGCUUCUUAUUAAAGAAGUUGCAGACCUCGAGGCAAAUCUUCCUAAUACCUGUAAGGUCCUGUUUCCUGAUGUGAACAAGCUCCAUCACUUUCAGCUCACCAUUUCUCCAGAUGAAGGAUAUUAUCAGGGAGGAAAGUUUCAAUUUGAAAUAGAUGUUCCUGAAGCCUAUAACAUGGUGCCUCCUAAAGUUAAAUGCUUGACAAGAAUAUGGCACCCAAACAUUGCAGAGACGGGGGAAAUCUGUCUGAGCUUACUGCGUGAACAUUCAAUCGAUGGCACGGGGUGGGCUCCGACACGCACGUUAAAGGAUGUAGUUUGGGGAUUGAAUUCACUAUUUACUGAUCUUCUUAACUUUGAUGAUCCGCUGAAUAUUGAUGCAGCAGAGCAUCAUUUACGGGACAAGGACGACUUCAGGUGCAAAGUGCAGGACUUCAUCAAAAACUAUGCAAGAUGAUGCGCAUGCCGUACGAACCGCUCACAGUUCCGACCCCGAGACCCACGAGCUGAGACUCCCGCAGCAUUCACACAACGGGAAGACGAGAGAAGGAUUCCGUGGAUCUCAAAUCUUCAGCAUGAACUUAAAAAAAGGGGUGGGGGUGGGGGAUGACGUGGGAGGGUAUUUGAGAUUCCUAUUUCCUUUUUAAUUAUCGCUCAGGGCUGAUUUGCGGAAGCCCACAAUCGCUGCCACAGCUGGUUCUGCAUCAUCUACAGCUAAUGAGAUGAGAAGAAUAAUAACUAAUAAUAAUUAUGAUAAUAAUAAAAAUUAUUCAAGGCAAUCAUUAAAAGACGAGCACUCUCUGUCCCACGUGAUCUCACGCUACUAAUAACAACCUGCACGCGCUGAUUUCUUCUUUUCUUUCCCUUGUUAUUUUUGUGUUAUUUUAGUAAUUGCCACGACCGCUCCCUCAUUUUACAAGGAAAACUAUGCUACGACACGUCCGGAGUCUCACGUUUGCUUGAUCUGUGCACGAUAUAUUAAGCCGCACUCCCCAAUUCCCCCGAUUCUCUGAGUAAAGAGACUGUUUAAACUCUGCCAUGUGUAUU